CAAAACCGUUUAAUAGUCCGUCAACCGUUCAACGGUAAAGCGGAUCACAACGAAGCGAGCGUGUAAAGUGAUUUCGUAGUGAUUUCGAAGAAACAGAAAAUAACAAAAAUAAUAAAAAUAAUUUCGGUAAAUAAACAGCAACGGGGUGUACAGAUGUUGUAAGUGACAGUGACAACGGCUGGUUGGCGUUUCAAGUGCGAACGUUCAAUGGUUGUAUUAAAAAAUUAAGCGCAGCUUUUGUUGUGGCUAAACAAAGUAGUAGUCGGACAACACCAAAAAGCGACACGAAAAAUUCAUAAUUUCACAUACAAAAAAAAAAUAAAACGAAACUAUUUCGGUUAAUUGGCGAGCGGUUGGAAAUUAUUGUUGCCCAAGCGUGAAAUAUUAAGUGUUGCGAAUGUACAAAAAUAUAACAAAAUGAAAUUUGUAAGCGUAUAAUUAAAUAAAAAAUGUAAAAAUAUUAAACCGAGCGAAUUUUUUUUAAGAAAAAGAAGCGCAGAAUCCGGCACACACACGAUUUUUUAACGGAUUUAAAAUAUAAAUAAGUAUUUUCGGAAAUAAAAAAUAAAAAAUAUGAACAAGUGGAACACUUUAAUAUAACGAAAUUUGAGCAGCUAAAAAUAUAUUGAGCACAUAAAGAGUUUAAAACUUAAUUUUCCAAACAAUAAUUUCGCUGAAACACGUUUUAGACUCUAAAAACCCGUUAUUUGUUUAUUAUAAGACACUAGUUUAAAAUAUGAACAAGUGGAACACUUUAAUAUAACGAAAUUUGAACAGCUAAAAAGAUAUUUUGAACACAAAAAAGAGUUUAGAAAUAAAUUUUCCAAACAAUAAUUUCGCUAAAACACAUUUUGGACUCUAAAAACACCGUUUUUCAAAACAAACAAAACGCUACUUUUAAAACCUUUCGAAAAUAAAUUUGAAAAAUGGCUUCAUCUGCGCUUGCUCACAUUUUCGGUCUGAUCUUUGUUUGUUUCCUCUGCGGCACAAUACAACAAUCGCAUGCUGCCACAGAAUAUAACCGUUAUUUGGCGCAUAUUUUUCAAAAAUAUGGCACUGGUGGCACGAUUUCAUUCGAGGGUCUCGAGCAUUUGAUGUACAAUCUAGGCUUGGGACAAAUCGAAUUCGAACCGGAGCACACAAUCGACGAACAUCGUCCAAAGGGUUUCAAGAUAGACAAUGAACAACUGGCUGCUUAUUUUGAGCAGCAAAGUUUGAAAUUUCUACCAACCGGCGAAGAUAUACAAGUCUUGACGCAACGCAAUGCGCAAGGAAAGGUCAGCGAUGAAUUGGACAUACUGAUUAAGGAGAAGGAGAAAGGAAUUUUGUUGGAAUUCAAAGAGAUGCAUGAUCCAAAGCAUAGACAUCCACGUGAUAGUGAUGCUUCUUUGGACGCUGCACCAUCUACAGCCAAUGUUUGCCUCUCACCCAAGUCCAUGCUACGGCUAGUCGUCGAUCAUAACGAUCUGCACAAGCGUAAACUCUACAAGACCUACACUGCGGAUGAUAUCACGAAGGCGCACAACUCCGAAGAUGAAUACAACGAGUUCAUCAAUCAUGUACAGUUAACGCCCGUGGCGUUCAUGAAACUCUGUCCAGCGCUGUUGGCACAAAUAGAUCAGCAUGUCUGCCUGCGACCCGCGCCACUCACGAACGGCGAAGAUCCCAAACAGGCGCUGUGGAAUGCUUGGAUAUACGCCAGCGUUUCGAUAUUCAUACUCUCCGCUUGCGGACUGCUUGGCAUAUUGCUGGUGCCGCUCAUGAAAACCAUCGCCUAUCAAGAGAUUUUGAAAUUCCUUGUCGCCGUUGCCAUUGGCACGCUGGCCGGCGAUGCCUUAAUGCAUUUACUGCCGCACGCAUUGGUGCCCGAGCAUGAGGACAAACAUAAUGACGAGCAUGCGGUGGAAAGCGAGCAUGACGAACAUGAAGCCGUUUGGAUUUGUGCCUGCGCAUUCUUCACCUGCAUCUUUAUGUACUGCCUAGAGCAUAUAUUGCCAUUGUUGAGGGGUGACAGCGCUGGUGGGCAUGGACAUGGACACGCUCAUGGCGGUCACAAGCAUGGACAUGGACACGUGCAUGGCAGUCACGCGCAUGGCAGUCAUGCACAUACGCAUGCGCAUCAUACAAAACAUGCUCAUCACACAGAGCUUGCGCCGUCAGAGAAAGCUGCAGACAGUACUUCCAACAGCAACGCCAACAUUGUGUCGCCCGUCAAUAGCGAAGCGAAAGAGAUCAAUAUCAUGUUGAACGAGACGAAAAAGGAUGAGAAGACGCCAAAUCGUCCGCUCACGCCAGUCGCCUUCAUGGUCGUCAUCGGCGAUGGACUGCACAAUCUCACCGAUGGUCUCGCCAUUGGCGCCGCCUUUGCCAGCGAUCCCGUAACGGGCAUGGCGACCGCCUUCGCCGUACUCUGCCACGAGCUGCCACAUGAACUGGGCGAUUUCGCGCUGCUGCUGCAGACGGGCGUCUCCUUGCGACGCGCCAUCUACUUGAAUAUUGUCAGUUCGGUAUUGAGUUUCUUGGGCAUGGCCAUCGGCCUAUUUAUAGCCGGUGCGCAUGGCAAUAUGACACAAUGGAUUUAUGCCUGCACGGCCGGUUCGUUUCUCUACAUCGCGCUGGCCGAUCUGGUGCCGGCGAUGAGUGAGGUGGAAGCGCAUGCGGGCGAUGCGAAGAGCAAGCUGAAGGGUACACUCAUACAGAUAUGCGGUAUGUUAUUGGGUGGUUUUAUUAUGCUGGCCAUAGCUGUUAAUGAACAUGAACUCUCAAAGUUGUUCAAAUGAAAGGCAAAAACAACAAAAGCUUGCUUGGGAGGUCAAAGGUGAAUUAUUUAAAAAAAAUCCUCCACUUGUUCGUAGUGUCUUUUUAAACAAAUUUAUAUAUAAGUAAGUAUGUUUUAUGUGUUUUUAAGUUUAAAAGUAUUAUUAAAUGUAUUGUAGAUAAAUUAAGUGUUAAGUAUAAUUAGAAACGAUUCAAGAAAUUAAAAAUAACGAUAAAAUAAAAUUUUAAAAUUAUACGAAAUGUGUAUGCAUAAU